GUGAUUCUCAAUCUCUCCAAGUUUAAGUUGAAAGAGAAAACUUUGAAGUGUCUUAGUUUUAGGUUAGAAAAAGUUUCAAGAGAUUUCGCAUAUUAUAUAUUUCGUAUAAUACUAUGUAAUUGACGAAAAAAGUGUAUAUCUUUGGUUAUUAUCAUUCAACAUAUUUCUUGGCAAUAUUCCCUUGUUAUUUAAAUUUAUUACCAUGGAAUUUCUGCAAAGUAUCGGAGUUGGCGUGAGGUCCGUAGAUGAUCCUUUCUUUAAUGAAACUUACAAAUAUUGCAAGAUCUUUCAACGGAAGGGAGUCAUAGCUGAAGAUGAAGAAGAUUUAUGCCAUGAUCUAAUUGCAGAGUUUUCUUGUCCGAUUUCACAAUGUACGGCGUUAUUUAAAACUUUAAUAGACUUUGAAAUGCAUUAUAAUUCCUGCCAUCGUUAUAUUUGCUUGGAGUGUAAAAGGACAAAACCCAAUCCUAGGUUAUUAGAAAUUCAUAUCCAGGAAACACACGAUACGUUUUUCAAGCUUUUAUCAGAAAAACAACCGAUGUAUCAGUGCUACGUUUCUCGAUGUAACGUGAAAUUCAAUAAUCCGAACGAAAGGCUGGAUCACUGCGUCGAUGUACAUAAAUAUCCAAAAAAUUGUCGCUUUGACGAUGUAUCGUACCGCAAAGCGAAAGAAAAUAAUAGUAAUAAAAUGGAUAUCGAUAUUACAGAUAGGAAAGAGAAAAGAAAGGAGAAAAUUCUAUUAAAUAAGAAUCAAAAAAUUAGAACAUUUGAUAAAACAUCCAAAAUGAGUGACGUAGAAAGAUCUAGCGCAACUUGUUCCACGACUUUUACUAAUAUCAAUGAGAAUGCAUCUUUAAUGUUUGUACCUAGACAAGUGGACAGAUCUUAUGCGACUACGCUUAGCAAAAACCAAACUAGAAAACGGAAUGUACUCGAAGCAGAAUGCAUGUCUGAUAUAGCGCAAUCUCUACCCGAUUAGAAGUUAUUUUUUAUACGUAUGAGAUAGACAGAUAUGUGAUAUUUAAUCGAGGCCAUUCUAUGGAUUUACCUUGAAUACCAAUAUUGUCAUAAUACCCUGUGACUUGGAAUUUGUUGGCUGUGAAACAAACAAAAGGGAAUGAGGAUUAUUUAAUAAAUGCAACAGUGAUAUUCUGUUAUCUAUAUUGGAAUAAAUCUUUGAGACAAAUCAACCAGUUAACCGUUAUAAAUUUCUUACAUUGUAGACACAAAGAUAUUAUAAAUGAAUAGAUAUUAUUAAU